UUCAAAACCUUUGAAUCCUAGCGCCAUUGUUAAAUGUAAAAUGACAUUUGGAGUUAUUUCCGAUUGUCUAUGAACGCAACAUGCGUGACGUAAACAGCAGGAAGUGCUCGCAAAAGUUGUGGUUUUCAGUCAUUUUUCCAUUGACGCUGGUUCUCGCUCAACUGAUGAACUACGUUACUACAUGUUGUAACCAAAAUGUAAUUAAACGUGCAUAGCUUCUGAGAGCAGCAUUAACAUUCGCUUUUGUAAAGAUGGAGGAUCAACUGGAGGAUCUAGUGCCGCCUGAGGAGUAUGUUGUUCUUUGGAGCUUUCCUGGGCGCUGCAGUGAAGAGCAGCUUAGUAUCAGCAAAGGAGAUCGACUGAUUGUCCAUGGCAAGAUUACCUCAGAGUGGUGGUGGGCUGAGCAACGAGGGGUCUUCGGUUACGUCCCUGCCAGCUACCUCCGCCAGGGAACCACUGAAGAAGAAGAGGAUGCCUGGCAGGAUGAGGAGUACUAUUUUACUUACGGAGCACUGAAUCUUCACUUGGAGAUGUUGUCAGACAAGAGCCGCACAGAGACGUACAGGCGGGUCAUCGUCAACAACAGCACUUCUCUGCACAGGAAGGUGGUGAUGGACCUCGGCUGCGGGACGGGCAUCAUGAGUCUGUUCUGCGCUCAGCUGGCACAACCGGCAGUGGUGUAUGCUGUGGAGGCCAGCUCAAUGGUGGAGCACACCAAGAAGCUGGUGAAGCAGAAUGAGUGUGAGGAGGUGAUCACGGUGCUCCAGGGGCGAGCCGAAGAGAUCCAGCUACCUGAGCAGGUGGACGUCCUGGUGUCUGAGUGGAUGGGCAACUGUUUGCUCUUUGAGUUCAUGGUGGAGUCCGUCCUGCUGGCCAGGGACCGCUGGCUGAGGGAAGGUGGCACGAUGUGGCCCUCGUCCGCAGCUCUCACCUUGGUGCCUUGCCAAGCUCACAGAUACUACGCCGAGAAAAUGGCCUUCUGGGAAAAACCCUACGGCUUGGACUUCACCCCGCUUCAGCCUCUCGCACUGCAGGAGUUCUUCAGCAAGCCCAAGUUCAGCCACUUGAUGGAGCCGGGCGAUCGCCUCGCCUCUCCUGCCGAUGUCAUCUGCUUGGACAUGCACACACUGCAGGUGGCAGACCUGGAGGAAAUGCAAGGCGAGUUUCAAUUUCAAGUGGAAAAGUCUGGCGUGUUCCACGGCUUCACUGCCUGGUUUAGUGUUUACUUCAAGAGCUUGGAGGAAGGCGGUGCAACGGUGGAACUGAACACCGGACCUGACUCAGAGCCGACGCAUUGGAAGCAGACUCUGUUCAUGCUGGACGAGCCCAUCAGCGUGGAUGCCGCGAGCCGCAUUAGCGGAACCAUUACUCUCCGAAGAAACCCCGUGUGGAGGCGCCACUUGACUGUCACCCUCCACUGGGACAUCAGCUGCCUCGCGCAGGAGGCGGCCACCUGCCAGGCCGGUACGAAGAGCUUCCCUAUGUGGCGCUGAGAGCUUCUCAGCAUCUGGCACAAUGCUUGCCUGCUGAGUUUCUGGGGCUUUAGAAUCAGCAUUUAUUAAGUGGAAGAGUUUCCCAACACAGAGUAUCCUGGACUUUUUCAUUGACAAUCUGGAUUUUACCACAAGCAUGAAUGACAAAAUCUUCAAAGUCCAUUUUUAAACACAUCUGAAGAGUCUUUCAAACGCCUGCGAAUGGAAUAGCCUAGCCUGAAAAGGUGAACACAAUCCGUUCAGUCCAAUCAAUCUCAAUAAUUUAUUUCUAAGUGGAACAAUUCAGUUCAAUAUUAAUUCAACAUGCAUCUUGGGGGUUGCUAGCAAUUAGCAUGUCUCCCUUACUCUUCUAAUGGUCAAGGUUCGAGUCUUGACUCAGGCCUUCCCGAGUGGAGUUUUCAUGUUCUUCUUCUGCUUGUGUGGGUUUUCCUCAGGUAUUCCUCCCAGCAUCCCACAAACAUGUAAGAGGAAAUUGUCCAUAAGUGUCAAUGAGCAUUUGGAAUGGUUGUCAACAUUUGCAUCUCAAUUAACCCAAAUAUCAUAGAAAAAAAGUCAUUUAUUUCUGUAGUCAAUUAAAAAAAAAA